AUGCAACUGCAAAAUUACUUAUAUAUUGCAAUCUUUUUUUCCUUUUUUUUCCUUUCUUUUUUCCUUUCUUUUUUUUUCCUUUUUUCUUUUUUCCUUUUUUUCUCUUUUUUCCUUUCUUUUUUCCUUUUUUCUUUUUUCCUUUUUUCUCUUUUUUCCUUUUUUUUUUCCUUUUUCCUUUUUCCUUUCUUUUUUCUUUUUCCUUUCUUUUUCCUUUUUCCUUUCUUUUUCCUUUUUCCUUUCUUUUUCUUUUUCCUUUUUCCUUUUUUUUUUUUUUCCUUUCUUUUUCCUUUUCCUUUUUUCCUUUUUUUCCUUUCUUUUUCUUUCUUUUCUUUUUUUCCUUUUUUUCUUUUUCUUUUUCUUUUUCUUUUUCCUUUUUUCUUUUUCCUUUUUCUUUUUCCUUUCUUUUCCUUUUCUUUUUUUCCUUUCUUUUCCUUUUUUUCUUUUUUUUCCUUUCUUUUUCCUUUUCCUUUUUUUUUUUUCUUUUUCUUUUUUUUUCUUUCCUUUUUCUUUUUUCUUUUUUUUUCCUUUUCCUUUUUCUUUUCCUUUUUUCUUUUUUUUCCUUUCUUUUCCUUUUUCUUUUUCCUUUCUUUUCCUUUUUUUUCCUUUUUCUUUUUCCUUUCUCCUUUCCCUUUUUUUUUUUUUUCCUUUUUUUCCUUUUUUUUCUUUUUCCUUUUUUUUCCUUUUUCUUUUUUUUUUUUUUUCUUUUUUUUUUUCCUUUCUUUUCCUUUUCCUUUUUUCCUUUUUUUUCUUUUUUUUUUUUUUUCUUUUUUUUUUCCUCCUUUUUCUUUUUUCCUUUUUCCUUUUUUCUUUUUUUCCUUUCUUACUCCUUUUUUCUUUUUUCCUUUCUUUUUCCUUUUUUCUCUUUUUUCCUUUCCUUUUCCUUUUUUCUCUUUUUUCCUUUCCUUUUCCUUUUUCCCUUUUUUCCUUUCUUUUUCCUUUUUUUUCUUUUCCUUUUUUUUUUCCUUUUUUCCUUUUUUCCUUUCUUUUUCCUUUUUUUCCUUUUUUCCUUUCUUUUUCCUUUCCUUUUUCCCUUCCUUUUUUCCUUUCUUUUUCCCUUCCUUUUUUCUUUUCUUUUUUUCCUUCCUUUUUUCUUUUUUUCCUUUAAUCCUUGUUGGAGCCCCUCAAGCCAAUGAUACCAAUUUUCCCAAUAUCCUACAACCUGGUUUAAUUCAGAGAUGUGGAAUCAACAGAAAGCUGCAUUGUACAAAUGUAGAUUUUUUAAACCAAGAAACACCAAGCAAAAACCAGUGGCUUGGCGUGACACUUCAGACUGAAAAAAAUGGAAUAGAUUCUCAUGUUAUUACAUGUGCCCAUCGAUAUUGGGCAAACACUCAUUUCAAUGGAAUCUGUUAUAUACUGGAUAAUGGUUUGGAUGGUUUUUAUAAAUUUGUGGCCAAUGUGAGAGGAGAUCAUACAAUUUAUGGGGCCAACCAGGCAGGAAUUAGUGCCAUGUUUGAUCCACAUCAAAAAAAUGGUUAUACCUAUGCCGUUGGAGCCCCAGGUGCCAUGAAUUGGAGAGUGAAUCUGGUUAACUUAUUCCUUUUUUUUAUCUUUCCUUUCUACUUCUCUCUUUUAUUUCUCCUUUCUUUUCUGUUUUUAUCUUCUUUAUCUAUUUUAUCUUCCCUUUCUUUUCUUUAUUUUAUCUUUCCUUUUUUCUUUUUUAUCUUCCUUUUUUCUUUUUAUUCUUUUUCUCUUUUAGCUUCCCUUUCUUUUCUCUUUUUAUUUUCCUUUUUUUUUUUUUUUUCCCUUUUCUCUUUUUUUUUCUUUUUUUUUCUUUUUUUAUUUCCUUUUUUUUUUUUUUUUUUAUUUUUUUUCUGUUUUUAUCUUUUUAUCUAUUUUAUCUUCCCUUUUUUUCUUUAUUUUAUCUUUCAUUUUUUUUUUUUUUUUAUCUUCCUUUUUCUCUUUUAUCCUUUUUUUCUUUUAGCUUUUUUUUUUUCUUUUUUUUUAUUUCUUUUUCUUUUUCUUUUUAUUUUUCCUUUUUUUUUUUUUUUUUUUCUUUUCUUUUUUUUCUUUUUUAUCUAUUUUAUCUUCCCUUUCUUUCUUUUUUUAUCUUUCCUUUUUUCUUUUUUCUUUUUCUUUUAUCCUUUUUUCUUUUCCCUUUUUUUUUUUUUCAUUUCUUUUUUUUUCUAUUUUAUUUCUCCUUUCUUUUCUCUAUUUUAUUUCUCCUUUCUUUUCUUUUUUUAUUUCUCCUUUCUUUUCUUUUUUUAUUUCUUUCUUUUCUGUUUUUAUCUUCUUUAUCUAUUUUAUCUUCCCUUUCUUUUCUUUAUUUUAUCUUUCCUUUUUUUUUUUAUCUUCCUUUUUUUUUUUAGCUUCUCUUUUUUUUUCUUCCCUUUGUUUUUCUUUUUUAUUUCUCCUUUCUUUUCUCUUUUUUAUUUCUCCUUUCUUUUCUUUUUUUAUUUCUUUCUUUUCUGUUUUUAUCUUCUUUAUCUAUUUUAUCUUCCCUUUCUUUUCUUUAUUUUAUCUUUCCUUUUUUUUUUUUUAUCUUCCUUUUUUCUCUUUUAUCCUUUUUCUCUUUUAGCUUCCCUUUGUUUUUCUUUUUUAUUUCUCCUUUCUUUUCUCUAUUUUAUUUCUCCUUUCUUUUCUCUAUUUUAUUUCUCCUUUCUUUUCUCUUUUUUAUUUCUCCUUUCUUUUCCUUUUUUAUUUCUUUCUUUUCUCUUCUCUUUGUUUUUGUUUUUUUUAGCUACCCUUUGUUAUUCUUUUUUUUGCUUCCCUUUGUUUUUCUUUUUUAUUUCUCCUUUUUUUUUUCUUUUUAUUUCUCCUUUCUUUUCUCUUUUUUAUUUCUUUUUUUUUUUCUUUUUAUCUUUCCUUUUCUCUUUUUAUCUUUCCUUUUUCUUUUUUAGCUUCCUUUUUCUUUUUUAG